AUGGCCGAAUUUGGGUUCCCAGCAAAACUAAUAGCAUUAACAAAAAUGUGUAUGGAAGAUACGAAGUACCAGCAUUUACCUGGGCGUCCUGGUUGUCUCGGAGGUAUAGAUAUUAAAGGAGCAAUAAAACAAAAUAUUCACGUUCAACGAAAGUUGAAUGAAUCGAAAAGAAAAAAAACUUAUAAUACAAAUUGUGCUUCAACUUCGACAUCACUCCAUAAUACAUUUGAGGAAACUUUAGAAACUGAUAGUCUCGAGAAUAGCGAUGUAUCGGAAUUAGAGACCAGCAAUUCUUUAGAGUUAGAACCCCCAAAUAAAAAGAAGGAAUGCCGUGGAAAAAUAAAUGUCAUAACACCAAAACUGGCCGGAGCGUUAGAUAGAUGUCAGUUAAGUAUUCGAGAUUCUGUAUAUGUUCUACAGGCAUACAACACCGUCGUUUGCGGCAAACUCAGCGACCAGAUGAAACGCAACAAAAUCCCGGUUUUGGGUGAAGCUGCGAUAUACAACGACUUGGACGUUUCGGCUGCGCUCGUGGCUCUAGUGGGCCUUGGCAGCGAGCACGCCGGCUACGACAACGUCAGAAAGUACUGCCGGAAAAAGGAGAACACCAGGAUUGCCGCGGGCGUCGGAACCAAAGAAUUGCAAGACCGGGGCAUUUCGCAGAUAUUCAUUGAGGAGAUGGACGAUUUUCAGUCGGCGUUCGAAGGCGCGAAACUCGCCAGCUAUAACAAUGAUGAGCAGAAGAAGGAUUGCGAUAAAGAGAUACCGCACUUUUCAACCGCCGGCUUCGCAACGUGCUAUCUAGACGAUAAAAGUUGUAUAUGCUUAGAAGACAUGGACAACCUGCAAAAAGACAAAGCCACGCUAGGUAUGCUCUACGCGGAAACGCAAAAUUUCGUUAGACGACUAAUGACCGUGCCCACCAACGUGAUGAAUCCGGAGUACUUCGUCCACGAAGCAAUAAAAGUCCAGAACAAGGUCAAGGCCAUCUCGGUGACGACACUCCCGGAAAAAACGCUCACAGAAUUGAACAUGAACGGCAUAUUGGCACUAAGUGCUGGGUCAUGUCAGCCAGCUAAAUUCUUAGACAUCAGCUACAACGGGUGCGCCUGCUCCGAGACAGCGCCUGUCGUACUGGUCGGUCAAGGCGUAACGUACGCGAGUGACGAUUGCCAUGCGGCACGCAAUCCCCAGCUGCGAGGUCAGACCCAUAUUGGUGGCGGAGCAAUCGUACUAAGUGUUAUUAAAACUCUGGCGGAAAUGGGAGCGCCAAUCAACGUCAGAGGUUUGAUACCGCUUUUCGAAAUCACCAACGGUAUCUGCCCGGGAGAUGUAAUCGUCAGUGCUGACAAGACUUCCAUAGAGGUGGCCUUGCCUAAGCGUUUUAACACCUUGGCCCUGAUGGAUGCCUUGCAAUACGCCCGUACGCUUAAACCUCAUUCCAUCGUCAGUCUGGCUAACACGCCCGGGGUAGGUCCAAUGGAAUACGGGUCGAGAGCCACACAGGUCUGGUGCAACGACGAAGCAAUUUGGGAAACGUUCAAGUCAUCCAGCGCUCACACCGGAGACAUAGUGCAUAGAUACCCUUUGGAUAGCCAGUACGACCCUUAUAUACAAGGACAGUGCGAGAAUCGUUGGAAGAAUGCGUCUGACAUUGACCCUCUGUGCACCGAUGCUAGAAUUUUGUCUAAAUUCGUCGGCUACGAGAUACCGUGGAUCCACAUGGAACUCCAGUACGUUAACUACGACCCGCACAGAAUACCGUACUUGCGUCAGAACACAAUACCGGGCCGCCCCACUAGAACAGUUCUCGAAGGGCUUUUGGAGAUGAUACGGGAAACCCGUCAACAAUAA